AUGAAAAAAGUCCCUCCAAUGAAACCUCAUUUUUUCAAACCAAUUCUGCCUGGUUUCAAGAAUGACCUUAAAAUACCUAUAAGUUUCUUGAAGUAUCUGAAGCAACACGAACAUAUUGAACAUGCAAUACUGAGAAGAAAUGGUAAGAAGUGGAUGGUGAAGGUGAAUAUGGCUCUCGAUUCGAAGAUGGUUGGACAGAAUUUGCAGAAGAGCAUGAUUUGCAAUUGGGAGAUAUGUUGGUGUUUAGACAUGAAGGCUGACAUCAAGGCAUCAGGCAAGGCUUUCCCCAAUGUAGAAGCUGCUAAUAAGGAGAUCCAUAUCAGUCACUCUCAUCUCAUUUGUACUAUCAGACCUUAUUGCCUUUCAAAGCAUUUUCUGCACAUUCCGAGACAAUUUGCACUAGAUAACAGACUCAACAACAGGAAAUAUUUGAGAGGAAGUCCACCCCUCCAUCCUGAAGUAAAGAAGAAGAACAUGAAUUUGGAUGCUAAAAGAAUCUCAGAUGAAGGAAUAAGAGACCUUAGGAUUAAGACAACGGACGCGACUGCUCCAAAAGUACAAGUACCUGCUUUAACAUCUACUGAUGCUAACCCUCAUUUUGUAUCUACUGUUAAACAUUAUGCCAUCAAAUAUCAUGCUUUGUAUUUUCCGUUGGAUUUUGCAAAAUCAACUGGCCUGAUGAAUAGACACUGUGAGAUAACUCUUGUCGAUGAAAAACGGAGAUCAUGGUCAGUGUGGCUAGGGCCAAUGGGACAUCACUUUGGAAUUAAAAGGGGAUGGCGAGAGUUCGUACAAGAAAAUGGUGUCCAAAUAGGAGAUACUUAUAAGUUUGAACUCAUCAACAAUGGCAGAAUACCUAUAGCGCAUUUCCAUUGUAUUUUCUGGGAAGGAUGCCAAGAAUCACCCUCAGAAGACAUUGACAAGAUGCUGAAGCAGUUGGUGAUGGGCAAGGAAACAAGCACUGAAGCAAGGGAGACGCCAGCAAGGCUGUUUUCCCUUCUCAAGAAAAACUUUACCAGAAGUAGAAAGCUUACAUUUUUCCAAAUUAACCAGUCUGUUGCACAUGCAAAAAUUCCUGUAGGUUUCUUGAAGUAUCUGAAGGAAUAUAAGAAUGAACAUGCAAUACUAAGAAGGGGUAGUAAGCAAUGGGCGGUGAAGGUGAACGGCCGUCGAUUCGAAGCGGGUUGGGUUGAAUUUGCACAAAAACAUGGUUUGCAGUUAGGAGAUAUGUUGAUCUUCAGACAUGAAGGAAAAAUGGAGUUUGAGGUUGUCAUAUUUGAUUCAAGUGGGAGUGUCAGAGAAUAUUUGCAAGAAGAAGUCCAUACUGUUGAAGAGACUUCUAAGAAUUUUGAAUUUGAAGAAAAGCCAAGCCCCAGCAUCAAGUCGUCAAACAUGGCUUCUUCCCAUACAGAAGCAGCUACUCAUGCCAAGCUGCCUUUUGGUCAAUCUCAUUUUGUAUGCACUAUUAGAUCCUAUUGCCUUUCGAAAGGUUUCUUGUGCCUUCCUCAGCAAUUUGCAAAACCAAAUGGUCUCACGAACAAGAAAUGCGAUUUGAUUAUAAGAGAUGGAAGACAAAGGUCGUGGAAUUUAAAGUUAAGUUUUAGUCGUAGACCUCGAGUCUAUAUAAUUGGAGAUGGAUUGCGUAAAUUCAUUGUUGAUAAUUGCUUAGAGGAGGGAGAUCGUAUAAUGCUUGAGGUUGUUACUAAUGGAGAAACACCAAUAUGGAGAUUUCAAGUUGUUACUAAUGGAGGGACUCCAAUAAGGAAGUUUCAAGGCAAGUUUCUCAUCUUAUAA